AUUACUACAUGUUGUAUGUGUUGCCAUAUAUAUAUAUAUAGAUAGAGGAAGGGUGAGAAGUGAGAAGCAGAAACAGAGACAUCGAUUUGGAAGCAUGAAACUAGUUGUGAGUGUUUACCUGACGCUAUGCGUGGCCUCGUCCAUUAUCAUAACCAUGGCGACAAUAGAGAGAGUGGGGUUGUUGUUGGGGAGAAACGAAUACUAUGUUCGAGUCAUCAAUGGUUUCACAGACAACUCCUCUGUGCCUUUGGUCAUUUGGUGUGCUUCGGAGGAGAUGGAUCUCGGAGGGCGUGCCCUGCAGGAGCACGAUGACUUCAGCUGGGUCAUGAGGCCUAGCUUUUGGGGCACCAACCGCAUGAAGUGCACCAUGAAAUACGACAGCACCAGGAAGAGCUUCGAGGCCUUUAAGGCUUCUAGGGACACCCAUAGGUGUGGCCCUCAUAGGAUGUGUUCUUGGUUGGUCACUCAGGAUGGCUUUUAUUUCAGCAAUGAUGAGGUCAAUUGGAGGAAGGACUUUAUCUGGUGAAUGCUAGCUAAUGCUCCCAUCAAUAUCAUUUUCCUUCCCCUGCUGCACUCUGCACUCUGCACUCUGCACUCUGCACAUUCCAACCACAAGACUCUUCUUCUGCUUCUGCCAAUUUGCUUAGAGGGAAUGUCAGAUUUUGUAAUAUCAUUAUAAAACACAUACAUGUGUGCUUUGUUGUAUAGAUAUAUGAAAAAGGUGAUGAGUUUUGUUUCAUA